AUGCCACCAGCCCCAAACGCUGUUGCUAAUAGCCAAACCCCUGCUUGGCUUUCCCCUCUUACUCAGCGACAAACCCCUCCUCCAUCCCCGUCGACCCAAUUGGAGCUCAAAUUUUCCUCGGUUGAGCAGGAACUUCAGCGGAUCAACAAAGAUUUCGUCCAAAGCCCGCUGCAGGAUCUGGAAUCAACCGUUGCGGCCUUUCAAUUCGAAAACCUCGUCGCCGGCAUUGAAGCCAAGGCUGCCGCCGCUGAGGCCAGAAUCGGUGCGAUUGAAGACACAAUUUCCUCCCUCAAAGGGCGCAUCAAAGAAAUCAGAUUCUACGUAUUUCACAAGGGCUUGGCGCAACACGCAUAA